AGAGAACAAGCCUUCGAAUAAUAGGGCAUAAAAACAUGAAAAGCGAGUAAAAAGCCAGUCUUUUGUAUAUUUUGUACACCAAGGAUGCCAUGCAAUUCAAGCAAUUCCGAUGUGGACAGUACACACACGGAAAAACAAGACAGCGGCCGUGAACAGCGAAGAACAACAAGUAGCUAAACUGACAAUUAUCGUUGCUUGCCCUAGUUGCGGCACAACAUUCGCGGGAAACCCCGAGGAUGAAGGCCUUCUCGUGCUUCUCCAGUUGCAUUGUGUAAUAGAUGAAGAAAACAACUGUCGUUUGUUCUCACUACGCAUCUUCUCAGAAUUGAUCGCUAUUAAUCAACGCGUCAAGAUUUAUUUGAAAGGCAAGAAUUCACCUUUUGAGUCCAUAUUUGGCUGAGAGACUGAAAACUCUCCGUGGCCAGACAAAUCUCAAGGCUGCAGAGAUGAUGGAGGAACUGCACAGUCUGGACCCACGGCGACAGGAGUUACUUGAGGCCCGAUUCACUGGAGUUGGUGUGGCCAAGGGUACAGGUCAUAGUGAGUCUUCCAAUCAAAGCCUAUGCAGCGUGGGAUCUCUCAGUGACAAAGAACUUGAGACACCAGAGAAAAAGGGUGGUGACCAAAGAACACGGAAAAGAAAAGGCGACCCUUUCGAUCAAGGAAAAGGUGGCCCAAGAGGACACAAAAUUAGUGAUUAUUUUGAGUUUGCGGGUGGUAGUGGUCCUGGUACCAGCCCGGCUCGGGGUAUCCCACCGCUGGUCCGUGCUUCCCCCCAGCACUCCCUUUCUAACCCUCCAGUGCCGGUGCAGCAAGGUAGUCCUUCCUCCAUAGGCUCUGCGAACACAGACCACUCCACAGGCUCUCUGAAACCUCAGUCACUGCACUCAUCUCAUAAAGCCACUCAGUCUGAUCUCACAAUAGAGAAACUCACAGCACUAGAAAACAACAAGAACUCUGACCUAGAGAAGAAAGAAGGCAGGAUAGAUGACCUGCUACGGGCAAACUGUGAUUUGAGGCGUCAGAUUGACGAGCAGCAAAGGAUACUAGAACGGUACAAAGAACGACUCAACAAAUGUGUCACCAUGAGCAAGAAACUGCUCAUAGAGAAGUCAAAGCAGGAGAAGAUGGCGUGCCGAGAUAAGAGUAUGCAGGAUCGUCUACGAUUGGGGCACUUCACAACUGUCCGACAUGGAGCCUCAUUUACUGAGCAGUGGACAGAUGGUUACGCCUUCCAGAAUCUUAUAAAGCAGCAGGAACGCAUCAACUCACAACGUGAAGAUAUUGAAAGACAGAGGAAACAGCUGGGAAAGAGGAAACCACCUCCCAUGGUUCAAACUCCUCCCCUUAGUCUGGAGCCAAACAAACGCAAAAGCAAAAACAACGGAGCCGAGAGUGAAGCGUUGUCACUGGCAGAGUAUCACGAGCAAGAGGAGAUUUUCAAACUAAGACUUGGCUAUUUAAAGAAGGAGGAGGCAGAGAUCCAGGCAGAGCUGGAACGGUUGGAGAGAGUACGGAAUCUUCACAUCAGGGAGCUGAAGAGAAUACACAAUGAGGACAACUCACAGUUCAAAGACCACCCCACACUAAACGACCGCUACCUGUUACUGCAUCUGCUUGGUAGAGGUGGCUUCAGUGAAGUCUACAAGGCAUUUGACUUGACAGAGCAGAGAUAUGCAGCUGUUAAAAUCCACCAGCUCAAUAAGAACUGGAGAGAGGAGAAGAAGGAGAAUUACCAUAAACAUGCAUGCAGGGAGUACCGAAUCCACAAAGAAUUGGACCAUCCUAGAAUUGUCAAACUCUAUGACUACUUUUCACUGGAUACAGACUCGUUCUGCACAGUUCUGGAGUACUGUGAGGGAAACGAUCUGGAUUUCUACUUGAAGCAGCACAAGUUAAUGUCAGAGAAAGAAGCAAGGUCCAUCAUUAUGCAGAUAGUCAGUGCCCUUAAAUAUCUGAACGAGAUUCGCCCACCGAUAAUCCACUAUGACCUUAAACCAGGUAAUAUCCUGCUGGUGAAUGGCACAGCUUGUGGGGAGAUUAAGAUCACAGAUUUUGGCCUUUCAAAGAUUAUGGACGAUGACAGUUAUAACUCAGUAGAUGGCAUGGAGCUCACGUCGCAAGGAGCAGGAACCUAUUGGUACUUGCCUCCAGAAUGCUUUGUCGUCGGGAAGGAGCCACCCAAAAUCUCUAAUAAAGUGGAUGUUUGGUCAGUGGGGGUGAUCUUCUACCAGAGUCUAUAUGGAAGGAAGCCAUUUGGACAUAACCAGUCCCAGCAGGAUAUUCUGCAAGAGAACACUAUUCUGAAAGCCACAGAGGUGCAGUUUCCUGCCAAACCCGUGGUCUCCUCAGAAGCCAAGGCAUUUAUCCGCCGCUGUCUAGCCUACAGGAAGGAGGACCGUAUUGAUGUGCACCAGCUGGCCAGUGACCCCUAUCUCAUGCCUCACAUCCGCAAAUCCCUCAAUAUGCCUCCUCUGGCACCCCCUGCCGCCUCCACAUCAGGUUCCUACAACAGCAGUGCUUCAAACUGAGAGAGACACCAAACACUCAAGAGGAAAAAAAAAAACAACAAAAAAACGGAGCACAGAAUGUGGAUGAAAUGGAAGAUUUGCCAUUUCUGUCAUGGGAGGAAUGAUGCAAAGCGCCAUGUAUA